AUGGUGAAAGUCUUGGACGUAUACCCAGAUCGCAUCGACCAAACAGCAGUUGACUCGUCUUCUGUCCCGUCUCAGUAUGGCUACUUCUCUGAUAGUGAAAGGCGCUCGAAAAAGAUUUUCAGGCGUGCCACGAGACGAAGCAAUGGUCCUUGUUUCGUGGUUGAUCAGUACACGAACCAGCUUGUCAAGUUCGAGACGGUUGCUAAGAGGACCUGCCGGCGUGUUCGUCGCGCAACCAUAUCAAUAGAAACUUUUUUUGUGUUUCAGAUUGAUUACUCUCCGCUUCGCCAGACGGGAAAAAAGAAGAAAGCACAGCCGAAACGAAGAUCUGCCAAACAACCGAAAAAAGCGCAGUCUCCGAAAACUGUGAAGAAUUCGUCAGCACGUAAGAAUGAACCGAGAGCUCCUCGUAAAGGACCACGAGGAUCUGCUCCACGCGCAGACACAAUUCCUGUCACUUUGAAUGUUAAAGUAUUGUUCAAAAAAAAUUUCUCCGUUACUAAUAACGUUUUCAGAGAGUCUCUCCCGAUUCGGUAUCGUCUGGGCACACAAUUCCGUCCAAACGAGUGAGACGGCCGUAUCUGGAGAGAAUUUCAAGCAUGUCAAGUUCUUCUUCGUCGACGACUCGAUCGGAGGCACGACAGUCUCCUGUUCCUUCGGUUGCCGAUACGGAAAGUACCUACUCGCCUGAGAAUCAGCUAGAUUUAUCAAAGUGCGAAUCGUUAUCAGGGAGGUUUUCGGAAUCUGUUGAGAUAAUCGAACUGAUAGAGAAAAAGGACACCGACGACAUGUUCAUCCCAGUUUAUGUGGGAGGAAGAAUAGCUCUUGUGAGUACUUCAAACGGUGACUCUCCUUUUAUCCGAACGUUUCAGGAGUACGAGAAUUUUGAUUUCUCUUCAAUUCUGGCGUGGAUGGAAGACCUACAUUUUUUCAAAAAGCACGAAAGAUCGCAUCUGAUUCCUCUUCUCAAACUGGCAGAUCGCGAAGUGACGGCCGCACUCACCAAAGGAACAAUCGAGGAAUUCUAUUUGAAUGAGGUGAAAAACGCAUAAAAAUAACCAAACGACUAUGCAAUAUAGUUCCUUCCGGCCAUCACAAAUAUGGAAAAGUUUAAAAAAGAACCUGCUCUUUUCAUCGAUGUCAAUGCUGGAAAAUACGAAACGUUCGUUCUUGAUGGACUGAGAAUCGAUAUUCCUCUCCCGUCAAGGCCGGAAAUCUUCCCUGCUCAAAUCGAGAAAAGAAUGAGAGCGUAGGUAAUUAUGGAAGUGCUUUAAUCAGUGAAACUAUUCAGCAAAUUAAUUGAAACGGCAGCGGCAGAGAUGCUCAGAGAUGAGGAAAAACGUUUGAAGGAAGAAAGAGAAGCACUCCGUCCGUUUGCCGGAUUUCAACAGGUAUUGUGUUCAAUUAAUUUUCUGAUUGAAUUGCUCUCAUUGUUCAACAGCAGUUCGCUCAGCUACACAUGCCUCAGAAUCCCCUUUUCAACAUGUUUGAAAUGCCGUUCGCCACACAAUUUGCCGAACUCCACGCGAAUGCGCAUCCUCCGUUGUUAAAUCCUCAACUUGUUCAAAUGUUGCUCCAACACCAGAACCGGAUGCAACAAUUCCUGAAUCUUUUCCUACAAAACGGUGAUCAGCAACUCUGGUUUUAA